AUGAAGCUCUUAUCAACCGCCGCGGCUGCAUUCCUCCUUUGCGCCCCUCUCUCGACCGCCAGAUCCCUGGACUUCUUUGGCUCCAGCCAGACACCCAUCUACGCCGAUGCUCAAUUUCCUGUUAGCGGAGACAACCCGCUCGAGUACUGCAACGAUCCCUCCGAAUAUACCCUGCAAAUAGAUCAUGUGGACCUGUCUCCUAACCCUCCUCUCCCCGGCAAAACCCUCACGAUCACCGCCGAGGGUGUCUUGAAUGAGCCAGUUGAGAAGGGUGCCUACGUGCUCUUGGAGGUCAAAUAUGGGUUGAUCACUCUGGUCAGGCAGCGGGCCGAUCUAUGCGAUCAGAUCGUCAAUGUGGAUCUCGAGUGCCCUCUGCAGAAGGGCAAGAUGGUCCUGACCAAGCAGGUUGAUCUGCCCAGCCAGAUCCCUCCGGGAAGAUACAACGUCCACGCCGACGUCUUUUCUGCGGACGACAAGCGCAUUACUUGCCUCGAUGGCCACAACAUCGAGUUCAAGCGGUGA